AUGGUAUCUGCGGCUCCCUUCACGGCUCCCUCUCCCUACACUCCUCCUAGCAACCUCUCCGCUCCUCCGAUCCGCGAGCCAUCAGACAUUCACACGACUGCCUCCAUCUCGACGUUUCGCCCGCGCCACUUGCACCUCGACUGGUCCAUCGACUGGGAGGCAAAGACCAUCGCGGGAAGUGUCGAACACACCCUUACCCCCCUCAAAGAUGGCGAGACGUCACUCACAUUCGAUGCAAGCUACCUCGAGAUUCGCAGCGUCGAGCUUGCGGACGGGACCAAGCUGCAGCACGAGCUCAAGCCGCGACAUGGCUCGCUGGGCAACCCGCUCGUUGUAACCCUCCCAUCUCCUGCCGCUUCCAACUCGGAGCUCAAGGUGCGCAUUCACUACUCAACCACUACCGACUGUACCGCUCUCGGCUGGCUAGCGAAGGAGCAGACCUCUGCCAAGUCGGCCCCUUUCCUAUACUCACAGUGCCAAGCAAUCCACUGUCGCUCCCUCGUCCCCAUCUUCGAUUCGCCCUGGUGGAAGAUCACCUACACAGCAAACGUGCGCUCAAAGUACCCAGUACUCAUGAGCGCCCUGCCUGUUGACCCCAAAGAUCCUAGCAAGUUCCUUGAGCCCGCCACGCCGCAUGAUGCGAUUGAGCACCCGGAGCAGGAGAGGACAUACGCCUUCUCCCAGCCGGUGCAUAUCCCCUCCUACUUGAUCGCCAUCGUGGCUGGCCACCUCGAGUUCGCCUCUCUUGGGCCUCGCACGGGUGUCUGGGCAGAGAAGCCUGACUUGGCUCGGGCCAAGUGGGAGUUCGAGCGCGAUGCUGAGCCUUACCUCACCGCGUUGGAAGACAUGGUCAGCCCUUACUCGUGGACUCGGUAUGACUCGGUCGUCCUCCCUCCCUCUUUCCCCUACGGCGGUAUGGAGAAUGCGAACAUGACCACUUUGACCCCUGCCCUCGUUGUAGGGGACAGGAGUCAGUGCAACGUCCUCUUGCACGAGUUGAGCCACUCGUGGAGCGGGAACCUCACUUCGUGCGGGGACUGGACGUCCUUCUGGCUCAAUGAGGGGAUCAAUGUCUACCUCGAGCGACUCGCCCUGCAGUACGUCAAUGGACCAAAGGAGGGGCCGGCGCAUCGCGGCUUCUCGUACAUCAUUGGCCACAAGGCUUUGGUGGACGCAAGGAAACAGUACACCGACACGCCCCGCUUCCAGCGCCUGGUACCCGUCUUCAAGGGCGGCGAGGACCCGGAUGACGCCUUUUCCUCUAUCCCAUACGAGGCGGGGUCAAAUCUUAUCCUGCACCUUGAGCAAACCGUCGGUGGAUUGGACAUCUUCCUGCCGUUCAUCAAGAGCUACUUCAAGACGUUCUACGACCGCAGUGUGGUGACGCAGGACUUCUUGGACCACCUCUUUGCAUUCUAUUCGAACUCGUCAGAGAUCACCGAGAAGCUGAAGAAGGUGGACUGGGAAGCUUGGCUGCACGGCGAAGGAGUGGCCUUGCCCGUCAAGAUGGAGUACAACGACACUCUCGCCCGCCAGUCCUUUGCGCUUGCUGACCGCUGGUCUCAAGUCGUCUCCUCAGGCUCUGACCCCUCUUCCGCUGGCUUCAAGUCCUCAGACGUCUCGUCGUUCGACACCGACCAGAUCGUCGUCUUCCUCGAGAGACUCCACGACGAUCCAAACGCACACGUGACGGAGAAGUACUCCAAGUACCUGGAUGAGGUAUACGGCAUGACUAGCAAGCAGGGAAACAAUGGGGAGGUCAUGUUGCGCUUCUUUGCGGUGGCUUUGGAGGACGAGAAGAGUAGCUACACGCAGCAGGCUGCCAGCUGGGUGGCGAAGCAGGGGAGAAUGAAGUACAAUCGUCCAACUUAUCGUGCUCUGUACCGCAUCAACCCGGAGUUGGCGCGCAAAACCUUCCUGGAGAACAAGGGCUUCUAUCAUCCGAUUGCCGCGAGCAUGAUUGAGAAGGUGAGUCGCGCACGUCGUACGCUCCGCCCUGUUGACCACCCUGCAGGCUCAUCGCCUAACACUGCGAGCGGGGAGAGAGCACGAGCUGACGAUGCACGCGCGCUCUUGUCUCUCUCUUCUCGCAGGACAUUGGGCUGGCAUGAGGGGAAACACGUAGCAUUGUCAUUUGUCAAGCGUGAAGCUAAUGCCAAUCAUCACCUGCCUUGCCUCCUCUCGCGUGCUCUCACUCGUCUGGCCUUUCACUAA